UGUCAUGAUUUUCGUAACCAGUACCAAUGUGCCUUGACCGACCCCAUCCCUAGCCCAAAGGGGCCUCGGAUGACCGUCGAAAAAUUUAUCCUGCCUGGCUGCUUGGCAACUUGGCAAGCAGUCUCAGGGCCUAGUCUGUACCUACCGAUCGAUGGACGGAAUAUCAGCGAGUGCCAGCGGGUGCCAGCUUGUCUGACAUCCUUCCCACGCUUGCGCCUUAAAUGCAGCACCUGCAAGGACAUACCUUGUCAGACACCUGUUGCCAACUUGCAUCGAUCAUGAUUUUCAAGUCCCUCGUCAUCGUUGCUGCAGCAGCUCUGGCUGUCAACGCCCAAACAUCGGCCACAACAUCUCCUGCUGCAGUUCCAAGCGGUCUCACAGAAUGCAUCAUUUCGUGCUCGGCCCAAGCAGCCUCCGCUGGAGGCUGUUCCAGCUACACCGACCUUGCUUGUGUUUGUACCUCGACUGCAUUCCAGGAUGCUGCUGCCGCGUGCUUGCAGGCUAACUGCACUACUGCCGAGAUCGCUGCGGCCGACCAGGCCCAGAUAUCUGAGUGUUCAUCGCUUUCCGGGAAUGCGACGACUUCGUCCGCAACGCCGAGCGCCACGUCGCCCACGACAUCUGCCACGUCAUCUACCACGUCGUCUGCUUCGUCUACCAAAACAUCUGGAGCUGCCACAUCUGGUGCUGCCGCGGGUCUCGUACCUUCAUUUGCUCUCAACAGUCCAUUUGGCGGGCUCGUUGCCCUUGCUGGUGCCCUUAGUGGGAGCAGCGUUCGUCCUUUGAUUCCAUUAGUAAAUGGCACAACUAUGGAAUGACGUGGCAUUGACUCGACCUCGAUAUCUCUUCUUAUUUUCACUCCGGUCGCGGACAUUUGCUUAUGAUUUUUUAAAGUCUUGAGCAAGGGCGUUGACAAGGACUUAUUGGAUUAUUGAAUGUGUACCUUUAUUAUUUGACAUUACUCUUGAGGCCCUGAGGUACCAUUCAAACCAAAUGCAACAUAUAAUAAUUAGAUAUCUUAUCCUUGGCCAGCCUGCCACCAGCAUCCUCGAUUUGACUUAUCGGUAAAUAUCGUGGGU